AUGGCAAAUCCUUUUGACGACGACGAUGAUAGUAAGUGAUUUUGUUUUGAAUUUACAUUCUAAAGCUACUAAUUUUGUUGUUUGGCUCUUGUUGAUCAGAUCUUGGUUAAUUUGAUUGAUAAAUUGGGAAGAGAUUAUAUUAUCUUAGAUUAAGAGUUAGUUCCUGAUGCAUCACUUUUCUGUGAACAAAUAUACAUAUUGUUUGGACUUCAAAUUAAUCAUGAAUGGUUUAUACAGCUUUGAUUAAAGUUUUGUUUAACAUUUUGUGUCAUAGAACAGAGGUUUUGAGUGGUUUUGAUGUAAAUGCUAUCAAGAAUAGUUAAUAAUAUGAUUUUGAUUGUAACUUUUUAAAAAAUACAUAGGGGUUUGAAGUUUUUAGUGAUAAUAGUUUUAAGUUAUAGUAGUUUUACAUUGCUCACGUUUCUUAUUUCAAUAAUUUAGUGCCGAAAAGCCACUCCCGUAACACAAAUGUUGACAUGGACAUUGAAGAGUGUGAGAAACAAUUCAAAGAGCUCAUACAAGGCUCUUUAGCUUCAACUCAACGAUCCACAGCUCAGCUUGACAAUGCCGAAAAGAUGGUUAAUCAAACAGCCUUGAAUCUCUUGGAACAGCGUGAGAAAUUGGAGAAGACGGAAAAGAAUCUGGACGAAAUUAAUCACAAAACACAGUUGACUCAACGUUCACUGAAUAGUUUGAAGAGUGUUUUUGGGGGAUUCUUUAAGAACAAGUUCUCAAAAGUUCCACAGAAGCCUAAUGCACCUGAAUUGGUAGGUAAUUUACUGUUUUUGAAAACAGAUUAUGAUCUUCAAGUUCUAAAGCCUUAUUUCGAUAAAAAAUGACCAGAAUUUAAAAAAAGAUUUUUAAAAAUGUAAAUUUUUAGCUGUUUGUGACAGCUCUUAUUGUUUUAUCUAAACUAUUGAACGAUAAAAACCACUUUUAUAUAGUUAAACCUAAUUAAACGAUCACCAUUUCCAGAUAACACAUUCAGCGUCAGCAGGAAAGCUAGGUCGAGUAGUGGAAGAAGUUGAAGGGUUUACUGGAGCAGCCGCUGACACUUUAGCCUUAAGGCCUAGUUUGGGAGCCGAAAGUCGAAAUGCCAUUAAAGGUUCUCGAUGGGAAGUCAUGGACAAUGAAAUCGACGAAAAUUUGGGUAGGUUUUUUAUGUUUUCAUAUUGUUUUUGAUAAACCUAGGCUCAAUUUUGUUAAAUUUAGAUUCAAUUUAACAAACUUAGGCUUAAAAAUUGUUUAAUUUUACACGGUGCAGACCAAAAAUUACCUUAUGUUGGUUUAAAAAUAAUAAAACGCAUUAAAAUAUUGAACUAGGAAUAUCAAUGUUAAUCUUGUUAUUCCAGGCAGUAUGAGUGGCCAACUCUCACGCCUGCGAAUGCUCGGCCAAGCCCUGGGCGACGAAGUAGAUGACCAAAACAAGAUGCUCGACCGCAUCCAGACCAAAGCCGAACGCAACGAUCAUGUGGUGCGGUCGCAGGACAAUCAAAUGAAAAAACUGCUGGGUUACAAACCGGAGCCCGUCCAACGCGUCGGAUCUUUUGGAGGUAACGAAGAGCUCGGAGGUUUUGGCAAAAAAUUGGGAUGGACAGUUCAAGUUAUGUCUGGUGAGUUUGGCAAGUUUUUGCAAAUCAAUUUAUUUUAAUUUUGUUCUUUACACUCCAAGGUUUCUAGUUGCAUUUUAAAUACUUUUUUUAGUUUUAAAAAUUGAAAAAUUUUUAGGUAAUGAGUCGAAUCAUAACCGAUCCUUCAAUCAAAAUUGGCCUAACGGCUUUGGUGACAGAAGCCAAAACGAGCAGCCAGAGGCACCAGUCGAAGAAGCCCAACCAGCACCGAACUUAGAAGAUGAAAUGUUCGCCCAAUUAUUCGAACCUACUCAGAUCAACUUUGACGAUGUGCACAUCGAUGUGAGUUUGACCGAAAAAAUAAUUCUCAAGGAUUCUGAAGCCUCUGAUUGUGAGCCAGAAAUGGAAUAUGAUCCAGAGAAGGAGCGAUGUGAGUUGCCAGAAUCCGAGUUGAAGAAGUGGCCACUAACACGGCGUUGGAGAGAUUGGAAUGACCGUUAUAUUCCGUUCAAAAGAAUCGAGGAUCCGCUGAAAACCUGGGUUUUGCCGAAUGCCAGGUCUAACGAGAACGUGCACAAAAGGAAAUGGACUGUCGGCGGAGAUUCGGCCAUGAUCUUCAACCGGGAGGUUCGCAAAUUGUGUGAUGAGGUGGGUGAUAUUGAUUUAUGUGCUGUGAGGCUUUUUGGGGUCAGAGAAGACACUUUUUUAAAUUAUGGUAAAUUUAGGUGUGACAAAAGUUGUGUCAUUAAUUCAGCUUUGUGCAAUAAAAAUGACAAGACUUUUGGAACACAAUAUCUGCUUAUAUAUUUCUUGUUGUUGUAAAAAAUCUUAUGUUAAUUUUUUUACUUUAUGUUAAUAUUUUUAAAACUAAUAUAAUUCCAGAUCCAAAAAGAGUACGUCAAGUGGACACCCGAACAGAACCACGCCCAAGAAACCGCCCUGGAAGAGCUUCUAGCCCUUUAA